AUGAAAGAUAUGUACGCUUAUGUCUAUACAGAUAACUUCAAUCCAUUUGAUGCGUCCAAAAAUGUCCUCAGCCAUAGCGGAGACUCUGGUAAUCAAGGUCAAGUUAAAGUCACAGCUGCCCUUCAAGCCAACAUGGCAUAUGUUGUCGUUAUAACAACAUCUUCUCAGGAUUUAAUGGGGAACUUUUCAAUUCAGGGAUCUGGUCGAAGCCGUAUUGAUUUCAAUCGUAUUUGUGAGUAUCUAUAG